UGGACGGACGACGACGACGACCGUCUUAAUGACCCGGUCGUCUCCCGCUAUCCUUUUUCUUCCCUUUCCGCCAACUUUUGCCCUUUCCCCUAGCUAAUCGUCGCAUUUUGGGGGGAGGAACUGUUUCCUCUCCUAGCCACUCCUUCAAUAUGCUGUUCUUCUGGGUUCUGUUGUUUCUUUCGUUCCGCACCAUUGUUGCAGAGGCGGAACCGGACAAUGAUUUGAUGUCCUUUGUCACGCUUCCGGAAGUGAGAGCGUUGAAGUUUAAUAUCGCCUACUACGAUCGCGCCGCCGUUAGCCCAGGCUACUGGUUCGUUGCGCCAUAUGGCGUGAUUGACCCAGAAGCACCGACGAAGCAAUGGAAGCCCUGCCAAGUUGGACCCUACAUCUAUGAUGCAGAUGGCGUGCUCAUCUGGGCCGGAUCGUGCAUGUUCGACAACCGCAAUAUCUUCGAUUUCAAAGUCGUCAAUGAUAUCGAUGAUCAGGAUCAUCUCUCAUUCAUCCUGCAACAUGGAUAUCAGGAUAAUGGCCGGGACAAAGGAUACGGCUACAUUUUGGACCAGCAUUACAACGUCGAGAACGCUGUGCCGGUAACCAAUGACCUUGGGGCAUUCAACAUGCACGAAUUCAACGUCCUCCCUGGCGGAAAGACGGCUUUGGCUUGCGCAUAUCGAAGCGAAUACGUCAACUUAGGAGACCUCGGUCGCCCGGAUGAGUACGGCUGGAUUACCGCCGGUGGCUUCGUCGAGAUGGACACCGCUACCGGAGAGGUCCUCUUCGAGUGGAGUUCUACCGGAUACAUCCCUAUCCACGAGUCCGUGAAAGUCGAUCCUCGAUGGGCCGCUUCUCCGCAACCCGGCUGGGAUUAUGUUCACGUCAACUCCAUCGAUAAGAGCUCGACCGGAGACUACCUCUUAUCGGCGCGAUUUACGAGCACGCUCUACCUAAUCUCCGGGGAGGAUGGACACAUCAUCUGGCGUCUUGGUGGCAAGUUCUCGGACUUCGUUCAGGACUUCACCUUUUCCAAGCAGCACCACGCACGUUUCGUGGAGUCCAAUGCCACCCACGCGAUCAUUUCCUUCCUGAACAACGCCUCCGAUGAGGCCGAAAACGAGGAGAGCGUCUCAGCCGCGAUGUUCGUGCAGGUCGACACGACGACCACCCCCAUGACGGCGCGCCUGCUCAGGCACUACAACCGCCCGGACGGCGGCCUUACCCGGCUGCGCGGUAGCGUCCAGACCCUGCCUAACGGAAACACCUUCGUCGGGUGGAGCGAACAGGGCAUGCAGAGCGAGCAUUCGCCCGAUGGCAAGGUCCUGAUGCAGGCCCGAUUUGCAUCCACUCGCUUCUCGACCUACCGCUCGUAUAAAUUCCCCUUCAUCGGCCGCCCCAGCGCGCCCCCAGACGUGGUGGCCUCGGUAUACGGCACCGACGAGACCGACCUCGCCACGAUCUUCCACGUCAGCUGGAACGGCGCCACCGACGUCGCCUCCUGGAACUUCUACGCGCGGGCCGACCGCAAAGGCCUACCGAUCCUGAUUGGCAACACCACCAAGUUCGACUUCGAGACCAUGUACAUCGCCGACGGUUACCUCGACUGGGUCUCCGUCGAGGCCGUCGACAAGGACGGCAACGUCCUCGGCACCUCCAAUCUCCACCGCACGGAGACUCCGCAGAACUGGCGCCUGGCCGGCUUCCAGGGCGACACCAAGCCGACGGCCGAUGACCCGUCGAUCCUGUACGGGCAGAAGCAGACCGAGGAGGAAGACGUGGUGGAUCCUGAGGCCGCGGCCAAAGAAGCGGCCCUCCAAGCCGCCAAGGAGGCGGCCAGAGUUGCGGCCAAGGCGAACGAGGUCAUUCACGGCAUCGGCGGUCUCUUGAUCUUUAUCCUGGUCACUUGCUCGGUGGGUGGGCUCCUGGCGGGCAUCUACUGGUUUCUCCGGCGGCGUCGUAUGCAGGCAUACCAUGAGGUUCCAUCCGAGGAGCACCAGUCCUUGACACGCGAAUAAGAGGUGUGCGGAGGUGAGGGUGCUCGCGGGCUGGCUGGGGGAGAGAACG